AUGAUUCUCCCUGUUCCGAUCUUCCCCUGAUGCCGUAGGACCCUCUUUGUAGGCCUGUUCAGACCACCCAGCAGCCAUGGACCCCCUUCCAGAAUACUCGCUGUUCCUGGUCCGGAUCCUGGAGGAGCUGGACACCAAACGCAGCACCAUGUCCUACCAGGACCUGUGCAAGUCCCUGUGCGCCCGCUUCGACCUGGUGCACCUGGCCAAGCUGCGCAGCCUGCUCUUCUACACGGCCUGCCUGGACCCCGCCUUCCCCGCCACCCUCUUCAAGGACAAGAUGCGCUGCUCCAUGGAGGACCCGCAGUCCAAGAAGCUGAUGGUGGCGGCGGACAUCGUCACCAUGUUCAACCUGAUCCAGAUGAACGGGGGGAUAGCCAAAGAGAAGCUGCCCAUCGCGCACAGGGGCAAGUUCCACAAGAACCAGUCGCUGGAGCUGUGCAGGACGGACAACGACUCCUACAAGUAUCAAGAGCGCGAGCGGGGUUACGAGCACGUGGAUCGGCCGCACCAUCACCACCACCAUCACCGCCGCCCUCUGGCUCAGACCGCGUCUCCCUCCGCCAAGUCGGAGUGCAACAGCUGCCAGCAGUUCAUACCCGCCUCCGAGCCCAACUUCCUCCUGGGCGUCAGCAAGGACAUGAAAUGCAGAGCGGCCUCGCUGGACAAGCUGCACCAUCUGCCCCAGUACUCCAGCGGCAGUCCGCCCUCGCCGCCGUGCGAGAUGCAGAGCACCUACUUUCCCAUGGACAUCGACAGCGAGUCCACCACCGACCAGGAGUCUCUGCAGCACAUGGGCCACGCCGAGCCCUUCACCGUGCACUCCUGCAUCCAGAAGAGGAACAUUUUUAAAGAGGACUUUCACAACUUCGUGGCCUUCUCACCACAGGUUCUCACCACUGAAACCAAACAGGGCAAUAAGGCUGCUGAUGCCUACCACAGGAGGGAGCUGCACAAGCCUGCCACGUUCUUCAAUCACAGCUUCGAACUACCCUACAGCAACCCCUACUUCGAACCCACACUCAACUCCCCAUUGCAGGACCGGCGCAAAGCCAAGCACGAGAGCCUGGACGACUUACAGGCCUCCACGUACUUCGGUCCCACCACAGUGUCGGAGUGCGUCAGCAGCAGAAAGCACAGCGGCAAGGUGGGGAAGCAGCCAGCGUGGCCGGUGAAGAGCCUCAGUCUCAACACUGAAGAAGGGCCACCGAACUUUGAGAGGCCUUUCAUUGGCGGCAAACCGCUUAAAGAGAACCACCACUGCAAUAUCAACAUCCUCGGCCCCGACGGCGAUCAGCAUUUUCAAAUUCCAACGGAAAAAGUAGCAGCUUCACCUGGUUUUGUGAAGAAAGGUAAUGGAAAUAAAAAUGGGAUUAAAUCCAAGGACGUGAUGGGGAAUGGGCCUCCGGGUUUGGACAAAAGGGAGGCAGUCAAAAAGUUCAGGGACAAAAGUGCGUCCUUUCAGGGAGGGGACAUCUCCUCCAGUGUCGGGACUCAAACGGAGCAAGCAGAGCAGAAGAAGUUGAAGGAAUAUCCGUCAAAGUACGGUGAGAGAGAAAGGCAUCCUUUCAAACACUCGGAUGAGGACUCUGAGAUUGUCAGUGAUGACAUAAGUGACAUUUUUCGCUUUCUGGAUGAUAUGAGUGUGUGUGACUCUCUGGGCAUUGUGCAGUCCUCCUGUUACAACAGUAAUGGGUCUUUGUCUCAGGUAACACUCAAGUCUGAAGGCGACAGCUCCCCCGAAAGAAACACGGUCAAACUUGCCAAGUCCAAGCUGGACCGUCUCUUCCAUUCGCUGGAAAACACGGACGACGAGCUCAAAUCGAGUGUUUGCAAGCUGGUGAUGAGAAUCGGUGAGAUAGAGAAGAAGUUGGAGUCUCUGUCCGGGGUUCGCAGUGAGAUCUCCCAGGUGCUGUCCAAGCUCAACAAGCUGGACGAGAAGAUCCAGGAGCCCGAGGCCAACGGGAGGCAGGGGGACACCGCCUCUGCGUCCGGCUCGAAUGCCACCCCAGACAAGCACCAUUCUCAUCCACAUGCCGAGGCCACGCUCUCGCCGCAUGUCUUCCAGUGCCACACCACUGGACACAACGGCAAGAUGGACAACGGCCACACGGGGGAGUGGUGUUACUCUGACGGGAGUAACACCGACAGCCUCAGGAUGAAGACUCUGAAGAAGACCAUGUUCACCAGGAGGUCGUCCCGCUCGCUCAACGAGGAGAACAGCGCCACCGAGUCGAAGGUCGCCAGCAUCACCAACUCGCCCCGGGACUGGAGGACUGUGUCGUACUCCUGCCACCCCGGAGACGAGGGCAAGGACAAGGACAGAGAGCGAGACGGCAAGGACAGGCAUCGCAAACCCAAAGAGGCGGAGAGGGAGCGUCAGUACGAGCUCCCCCAGGCGCAGCGGCCCCCGAAGCCCCCGAAGGAGCCCUACCUGAUCGAACAGGUCUUCACGCCGCACCCCUUCACUCCCACCAUCAAGGCCCACGUCAAAGGCAGCCCCCUGUACACCGACCUGAGGCUCAGCAGCCUGUCGGACGGCAAACGCAGCCAGCCGUCCUGGACCAUCGAGGAGUACAAACGCAAUUCAGGAGAGAAGGGGAAGCAGCUCACGGCCCUGGAUCUGCAGACGCAGGACUCCCUCAACCCCAACAACCUGGAGUACUGGAUGGAGGACAUCUACACGCCGGGCUACGACUCGCUGCUGAAGAAGAAGGAGGCGGAGUUCCGGCGCGCCAAGGCGUGCAAGAUCGGCGCGCUGAUCGCAGCGGCGACCUGCACUGUGAUCCUCGUCAUCGUCGUCCCCAUCUGCACCAUGAAGUCGUGAGAGGAGCCGCUGGCGCAGCGUUUACU